AUGAAUGCCUCUAUAUCUGGAGACCCUGUUACCACUACGGCGCUGAUCAGAGACGUGUUCCUAGUAGACCCCGUUCUGUCUGCGGAUUUCGUCUUCUACAUUUUCUGUCUGAUAUUUGCCGUCUGCUCACUGGGGGUCGUCACCAACGUUCUCAACAUUACCGUCUUCAUCAGACAAGGCCUGAUGGACACCGUCAACAUCAGCCUCCUAGCGCUGACUGUAUCUGAACUAUGUUCUCUUCUACCGUUAAUUGGCGUCGGGGUUUUAGCUGACCCGAGGUUUCUGAAGACGGAGUACCCGAUUGUGGGGUUGGAGGUGCAGUUUUUAACUGCUAGCGGCCCGCAUGCGUUUUUUACUCGGAUAACAGGUUGGAUAACGGCGUAUGUCAUGUUUGAGAGAUGUGUUUGUGUCGCCCUGCCGUUGAGGGUUAGGAUGAUCGUGACGCCCCAGACCACAGUGACCUGCUUGGUGGUGAUUGUCGUCUUGGUGCUGGCUGGAAUCGUUCCCAUGUACGCCACGCACAGCCUGCAGUGGAAGUUCUACCCCGAGGCCAACUCGACGCUCCUGGGGCUGACGCUGACCACCAACGCCAUCGACAUCACCAGCGUCACCAACGUCUUGAACAACUCCGUCUCAGCCGUCUGCUCCUUCGGCGUCAUCUUCGUCUGCACCUGCGUCAUCGUCGUCAAGCUCAACCGGAAGUCAAAAUGGCGGACGGAAGUCUCGUUGGGGAAAAAGAAAGUAGACGGUAAUUCCUUCUCCAGCAAAGAUAAAAGAGCGAUUCGGGUCGUGACGCUGAUCUCCGCUAUCUUUCUGGUCAGUGUGGCACCCAGUGUGGUCAUUGUGUUCGUCUCCUCCUUCUACUUCGAGUUCAGCACACUCGGGAAGUACCGGCACCUGUUCUACAUGACCUACAGCCUGACCUACGCUCUGGAAGCUGUAAGUGCCAGCUCCAACUUCAUCAUCUACUACAAGUUAAACGGGAAAUUUCGAGCAGUUUUUCUUCAGAUGUUUUCAGCAACUCACAGCAAAUUGUAA